GCCGGGGCGGGUAUAUAAGGGAGGCGCAGGCGGUGCCCGGAUCUCUUCCGCCGCCAUUUUCUGCCGGGCGCAGGUCUCCGCUGUCUCCGCCGCUCGCACGAGCACCCCCGCCGCCCUCGCCCCGCCAUGGAGGACUCGACCGAGAUGAGCGGCGGCCAGGAGGAGUUCGCCGAGGGCUCCAAGAUCAACGCGAGCAAGAACCAGCAGGACGACGGGAAAAUGUUCAUCGGAGGCCUCAGCUGGGACACCAGCAAGAAGGACCUGACGGAGUAUCUCUCGCGGUUUGGCGAGGUUGUGGAUUGCACGAUCAAAACAGACCCGGUCACUGGAAGGUCGAGGGGGUUUGGGUUCGUGCUCUUCAAGGACGCUGCCAGCGUGGAGAAGGUGUUGGAACUGAAGGAACACAAACUGGAUGGGAAGUUAAUAGAUCCUAAAAGGGCAAAAGCGCUGAAAGGGAAGGAGCCACCCAAAAAAGUGUUUGUUGGUGGGCUGAGUCCAGAUACAUCUGAAGAACAGAUUAAGGAGUACUUUGGUGCUUUUGGCGAGAUUGAAAACAUUGAACUUCCCAUGGACACAAAGACGAAUGAAAGGAGGGGCUUCUGUUUUAUCACAUACACAGAUGAAGAGCCAGUAAAGAAGUUACUAGAGAGCAGAUACCACCAGAUUGGUUCAGGCAAGUGUGAGAUCAAAGUAGCGCAGCCCAAAGAAGUGUACAGACAGCAGCAGCAGCAGCAGAAAGGAGGGAAAAGCAAUUCUUCUGGUGGACGUGGAGGCGGAAGGGGGCGUGGACGGGGUCAGGGACAAAACUGGAACCAAGGAUUCAAUAACUAUUACGAUCAAGGCUAUGGGAAUUACAAUAGUGCUUACAGUGAUCAGAGCUACAGUGGCUAUGGAGGCUACGACUACUCUGGGUACAACUAUCCCAACUAUGGAUAUGGGCCUGGAUACACAGAUUACAGUGGCCAACAAAGUACAUAUGGGAAGGCGUCCCGUGGCGGCGGCAACCACCAAAACAACUACCAGCCGUACUAAGGCAGUACCUAGUACCUGACAAACAGCGGGAACUUCAUUGCAGGCCGUGUGUCACCCUGACCACGUCUAUCUCUGGGGUCGCACGUUGCAGGCAGAGCGCAAGGCAUACACCAGAAAACGCUGUCCUGUGGUAUGGUCUCUUCCAACUUCAUGUACCAGCGUAAAGAUUAAAGUGGAAAACUUCAGACUUUGGCUUCUUUUUUUAAUCUUUUUUGGAGAUUAAGUGUCUUUAACUUAAAUGGUUUUUUACAGGAGUUAAAGUACAUAAAUGCCUUUACAGCUUAAUCAUUUGGUCUUCUGUUUAGUGUUGUAUUUCAAUUGUGGAACCUCAUUUUAAAUGUGCAUUCUUUAAGAUUUUAAUGCUUGCUUUUUUCUUUUUAUAGCUAAUAGUGAAAUCUGCAAACCAAAACGAACUUUUAAAUCUGGAUAAACAUUAAAGAUCAUAUGCAUAUGGACUGUCUGAACUAAAGCGACCUGACUUGUGUUGCACAUAAGUCGUUUAGUUGUAUAAACGAAUAAUCAGAAAGCCGUUUGGCAGUGUUUCCAAUGGAAAAGAAGGAGAUCCAGAGCCUGCUUACUUGUCUAAGUUGGGUGGUUGUUGUUUUGGAGCAGCCUCCUAGAUGGGCUGUAUGGCAAUAAUUGGGAAAAUAAAUUACUGAUGGGUAACUAAACAAACCUCUUGCGUUACCUUAAUAAAUAUGCAUAUGAUCUUUAACAGUGACGAAAGGAAUAUAUAGAAGACUUAAAGCAGUUCAUGAAAAUGGACCUUUUAACAAUUCUGUAGUAACUGUCACAGAUCUGACAUGCAUUUUGUCUUGAUUUUUUAGGUAGAGAUACUGCAACAAAAAGCCAUCUUGCAACGCAUUGUGAGUGAAUGGAGGGUGGUCUUCGUGAGAGAAAAUGACUAUUUUGUAAAAGACUUUUAGUGUAUGACACAACUGUGUCCAACUGUACAUAGCGGCCGACUAGUUUUCUUUUAUGGUUUUUACUUUCUUUUUGCCAUUCAUGUUAUGACACAAUGUGGACUUGUGUUUAUACAAACUUUAUUUGUAUAAUUUCAUGUUAAAAGAUUCUCUAAUAAAUGCUUACUUAAGUGAG